AGGGAGUCCCAGGCGCAGAAGACGUGAGCUAGACAGUAGUGACCAUGGCAACGAGAGCUGCCUCAGCCUCCUGGAGGGGCCGCUCUCCCUUCCGGCUCCCUCGCAGAGCUGAACCCCGCCAGACUACAGCAGGACUCGGGGCGCGCUGGGUCGUGGGGAGGCCAUGCCCAAGGGGAGGCGGGCCAAUCCCAGCACCGCGCGGGAUGGCGCCUGGUUUGCACAGUCUGGAAAGCUGCAAAUAUUUCCUGAAUCUCUUACAGCCUCUAUGCAAAAACAGAUACUAAAUUUAGAAGCUACUAAUCAAAUCAACAAUAGAUUGCCACAGAUGUACAAAGUUCGGGAGAAGAAACCAGUAAACACAUUUCCAUUUUCAAUCCAUGAUAAUAGACAUUGUUUAUUGAAUGUCGGAGAGUACUUGGAUUCUGGACUAGGACUAAGGAAAUUUCAACGCGAGACAUGCCAACACCAUUCAGAAAGCUACCUUUUUUUGGCCCAUGAACCCAUUCCAAGCAGUACUGACAAGCAUACCAUUUAUCAGACUUCAUUUGUCGAGUAUCCAAAUACCAAGCGGUCCAUUCUGGGGCGAUUUCCCAAAAGCCAUGCAGAUAGGUCCUUUGCUUUAAAUUCUUCAGCUGCAAACGAUUAUCUGUGGUUUUCAAAAGGCCAUGCCAAUCCUAAUAUUUCAGCUCCUGUCAGGCCUGAGAGAAGCUCUCUCUCUGAGCCUCAGCAACUUUUACCUGCUGAACAUUCAACAGAAUAAAUUUUCCAUGUGAAGACGCUACUAAACCACAUUCCAGUGUGGAUUUACAAUAGGCUUUUAAAGAUUAGCAAACACCACCUUUAUCAUUCUACUUUUCCCCCCCUGGAUCUGAAAUUAUUUUAAGAAGCUAAGUGGCAUUAAAGCAACAGGAAUUGGAUGAGUGGUUGCAUUUA